AUGUUUGGCCCUCCCGGCACCGGCAAGACGCUGCUCGCAAAGGCGCUCGCGGCCAAUUGCACCAAUAAGGAGUUAGUUGAUAGCCAAGCGCUGGCGACCGAGUGCGGCACCACCUUCUUCUCGGUCACCUCCUCCACACUCGGCUCCAAGUACCGCGGCGACGCGGAGCGGAUGGCGCGCUUCUACGCACCGUCCACCAUCUUCAUCGACGAGGUCGACUCGCUCGCCUCGCAGCGGGGCUCAACGGGCGAGCACGGCGGCGCGCCGCCAGGGCGCGUCCGGGGCACAUCACCGGAGUCUGAUGCUGGCCCUCUGCGCGUCCAGAUGGACGGCGUGGGCGGCGGCGGCGCCGAGGACGGCGAGUGCAAGAAUGUGAUGGUGCUCGCUGCGGCACCCUUCUCGGAACUUGCUGGGAAGCUUCUCGGAACUUGCGGGCUGCGGCACGACGAGAUCCGCAGGCUCAAGCGCGAGGACACAGACACGCCGCUCUGCCAGGACGACAUCGAGCAGUCGCUGCUGCGCAUCAACAAGACGGACGUCGACAUGGUCCGCUCGUGA